AUGAGAGAAGACAAUUAAGUAAGAAUGAAAAUUCAUCAUAAUAAUCUAAUAAUUCUAAAAUACUUAUCAUUUAAUUUAUUAAAUAGGCAGAAUAAGAAGAUAAGAAUUUUUAUAAAUAAAUUAAAGAAAAAAAAAAUGUUAAUAUUGUCUAAAUUUGGAUUUGAAGUAAUUUUGGUAAAAAAUAUUAUUUUUUAUAUUAGGAUUUUAAUGGACAAUAAGCAUGCGUUGAUAUUUAGAAUAUUAAAAAUGUAGUCACCGGUGUAAUUAGUAACUUUAGUCUUAAUAGAUUGUUAGAUGCCUAUUCUAAAGGGAUGCUAAGCUACCUAGAAUUCAUAUUGUUGGUUUAACUGUUUUUACAAAUUCUAAUGAUAUUGAAAAUUGUUUAAAAGCAGGAAUGA